AUGCUACCCAACCCUGUCUUUGCCAACGUUGCACUAGCCCUACCCAAGAAAGAGUUACAAUGCUGCACAGAGUCCAGCCUGGACCAGGACAAGUCCCUGGAGGAGAUCCUCAAGUUCCUGCAAAACAAAUCCAAAGCCCUGCCAUCCAUCAAAUGGGCAUUUAAGGAUUACCAAAUGGAAGCUGGAUUGUUGUUCUACCAGGGAAGGAUUGUGGUACUGGACAUAGGAACCUUCCAAACAGAUCUACUCUGUAUAUUCCACAACAGCCCCCUGGCCAGUCACCCAGGGAGACAAUGUACCCUAGAACUGGUGACACAAAACUACUAUUGGCCAGGUAUCAGGGCCAACACCUAUUGGCAUGUAGAUUCCUGCAAGAUCUGUCAACGCAUCUGCAAGCCUAGAUACGCCUCCAUUCCACCACAGCCCCUUGAAUUACCUACUAGGCCAUGGCAACACAUCUCUUACAACAUGAUUGUUGACUUACCCAAGGAUGGUAAUAGCAAUUCCAUACUAGUCAUAGUGGAUAGCUUUACCAAGUACAUAAUUCUGGUAGAAUGUUCCAAGAAACUUAAGGCCCUGGAACUAGCCAAUCUAUUCCUGAGACAUGUAUGGAAGAAAUAUGGAAUGCCUGAAAAAACAGUAUUGGACUGCAGACAAGUAUUCAAUAACAAAUUCCUGAAGGCCUUGUACCCACGCCUAGGAAUAGACCCCCAUUACUCAUCUGCUUAUCACCCCCAAAGCAAUGGGCAAACAGAACAUGUAAACCCAUCUGUCAAACAUUUCCUGAGGGCGUAUUUGGGCAUCAACCAGAAAGACUGGGCAAAAUGGCUCCCAAUGGUGGAAUUUGCAUACAACAAUGCAGUACACAGUGCAACCAGCAAAACCCCUGGUAUCUGUGUUCAUGCCUCUUGGGUCAUGACAACCCCCUUCAAAGCCCUGCAUGGGUGGGAACCCACUCUGACCCCAAGUAAUGUUCCCACAGAUGUCCCAGAAGCAGAUGAACUGGCAUCUCAAAUGGAAGCUCAGUGGAGGGAAAUCAAAUCUGCACUCCAGCAAUCCAAGUCAAGGAUGGUAGCCAGCAAGGAAGGGGAUCCAUUGGAAUUCAAGGUUGGAGAAGAAGUCUGGCUAGAUGCCAAAAACCUUAAACUCAAAACAUUAAGCCCCAAACUUACCAAAUAA